AUGGAGGUAAAUAAUGGCUUCUUCGUAUGGGAAAAGUUCCAAGAUACUGACAAUGGAGGCCAUGUUGUUAGUCAGCCAGCUUCUAUCACCAAUGAUGUAGCUUCGAGAUGUGACUUCAAUGGCUUUGACAAUCUCAAUUUGUCAAUUCCAAAGGGCAGCUUCGUAGUCAUCACUGGACCAAUUGGGUCCGGUAAGUCCUCGCUGCUUCUGGCCCUUGCAGGCUUCAUGAAGAGGACUUCUGGGUCAGUUUCUUCAAAUGGCUCACUUCUCCUAUGUGGUCAACCCUGGAUACAGAACACGACUCUUAGAGAAAACAUUCUUUUUGGAGCUGAGUACGACGAAGUAAGAUACCGUGAUGUUAUAAGGGUUUGUGCUCUGGAAGACGAUCUCAAGAUGUUUACUGCAGGUGAUCUAACUGAAGUUGGAGAGCGUGGUAUCACACUUUCGGGAGGUCAGAAGGCAAGAAUCAACUUGGCAAGAGGUAUCUAUGCGGACAAUGAUAUUAUCCUCCUUGAUGAUAUAUUGAGUGCUGUAGAUGCACGUGUUGGGAAGUUCAUUGUCGAUGAAUGUUUGAACAAAUACCUCAAGGAUAAAACUGUGUUGCUCGCUACUCAUCAACUCAGUCUGGUGAAUUUGGCUGAUGCACUGAUUUAUUUGAAUGAAGAUGGUACGGUUAGUAUGGGCACUUUUGAAGAGUUAAGUGCAACCUGUAAUGGGUUCAAUAGACUGCUGGAGUAUUACUCUAAGAAAGAAGAUGUUAGCUCUAAGGAAUCUUCAAGCAAGAAAGAGCCUUCAUCUAAUUCAUCAGGGUCUGGGUAUGGUGGGCUCACUGGUGAUGGAAUUCUCAUUGAAGAGGAAGAAAAAGGCGUUAACAGUAUUGCAUGGAGCGUCUAUAAGAGCUAUCUUCAUGAAGGACAAGGUGUUGCUGGACCAUUUGCAUUGCCAGUCAUUGGCGUUGUAAUGAGUCUUAACACUUUUGCGCUGAUAUUUGUGAACGUCUGGCUCUCAUUUUGGGUAUCCGAUAAGUUUAGAGAAUACUCCAAUGGGUUCUAUAUUGGUAUCUAUGUGGCUCUUGUCAUUGCUAGUGUCUUAUGCACUGCCAUUGGUUUCCUUGUCUUAGGGUAUUUCUUCUCAACAGCAUCUAGAAAAUUAUACAUCAAAGCAUUGAAGAGAAUCUUACAUACUCCAAUGUGUUACCUCGAUGUCACGCCCAUGGGAAGGAUCAUGAAUAGAUUUACCAAAGACACAGACGAUUUAGACAAUGGAAUUGGUAAGCAGCUAGUCAUCUUAAUUUACACUGGCUCAUUUGUCAUCGGUGUGCUCGUGCUAUGCAUUGUCUACCUUCCUUGGUUUGCGUUGACACUUCCUCCAACUUUACUCGCUUGUUUCAUCACAGCCAACUUUUACAUUGCCUCUUCCAUAGAGGUUAAGCGUAUUGAAUCCAUUCAGAGAUCUCAUGUUUUCAACAACUUCCAUGAGAUUCUUAAUGGGUUAAAUACACUGAAGGCAUAUCAUGCAUUAGGAAGAUUUAUGGCUAAGAACAAAAGACUUCUUAACCGUAUGAAUGAGGCUUACUUCGUGGUCAUUGCAAAUCAAAGAUGGAUAUCCAUUCAUUUGGAACUGAUAUCAUGUCUUCUUGUCUUUGUGAUUUCUAUGUUGUCUGUCAACAAAGUCUUUGAAAUCAGUGCAUCUUCAGUAGGUUUAAUAGUGACGUACGUUAUGCACCUCGCUAGCCUUAUGUCUUCAACAAUGAGAGCUUACACCUCUGUUGAGAACGAAAUGAACUCAGUCGAGAGACUGUGCUUCUAUGCCAAUGACCUUGAGCAAGAACAACCAUACAGGAUCAACGAGACCAGGCCAAGGCCUUCAUGGCCAGAACACGGUGCUAUUGAGUUCCAGAACGUUUCCAUGAGGUACCGAUAUGGCUCACCACUGGUGUUGAGGAACUUGUCUAUCUCUUUCAAAGGUGGUGAGAAGAUUGGAAUCUGUGGGAGAACUGGUGCAGGCAAGUCCUCCAUCAUGAAUGUGUUAUUCCGUCUUAGUGAGCCUGCUGAAGGUACUGUGCUCAUUGAUGGUGUCGAUACGUCCAAGCUAGGACUUUAUGAUUUGAGAUCGAAGCUGUCCAUCAUUCCACAAGACCCAGUGCUAUUUAGAGGUACCAUCAGAAAGAACCUGGAUCCCUUCGAGCAGAGCGAGGAUUCUGCUCUAUGGGAAGCUCUGAGAAAAGCUGGUCUCAUAGACACUGAAGUCUUGAUAAAGGCCAAAUCACAGCAUCCUGAUGACCCAAACCGUCACAAGUUCCACCUGGACCAGCUUGUAGAGGAUGAUGGCUCCAAUUUCUCCAAUGGUGAGCGUCAAUUGAUUGCACUGGCUCGUGCACUGGUUCGUGACUCCAAGAUCCUAGUGCUGGAUGAGGCCACCUCCAGUGUCGACUACGAAACAGACGCAAAGAUCCAAAACACCAUUGCUAAAGAGUUCAGCGAAUGUACUAUCCUGUGCAUUGCACACAGGCUGAACACUAUCUUGAAUUAUGACCGUAUUCUUGUGUUGGAAAAGGGCAAAGUGGAACAGUUUGACACACCUUGGGCCCUGUUCAAUCAAGAUGGCAUCUUCAGACAAAUGUGCGAACGUUAUGGUAUCAAUUCGACUGA